GAGGAAAAAAAAAAAACGCUGAAAGAGGAGGCGGAAGAAGAAUAGAGGAGAGGCCGAAGAGGUCGAGAACAGCAGGAGAGGGCCAUUUCUCGAAGGGAACAAAAGGGAUAGAUCUUUGUCAUAUAGUGACGGGAAGAAAUCAGAGCCAUAGACUUGUAAUCCAUCCAAGCCGCCACCUCAUCGUUCGGUAUAUAACUCUGUUUUCUAACCCUUCUCAUCCUCUUUUUAGGAAAGGAGACUCGGGAGAGAGGGGAAGCUAGGAGAAAGAGGAGAGGAGUCGAGAGAGAGAGAGGGAGAGGGAGAGGGAGAGGAGAGUGGAUAUAUGUCGGCUGCUGGUGCCUGGUAUGUGCUGUUUCCGUUUACUUGCGAAGACGAAGGCCGAGUUCUGAAGAGACUCCCUCCCUCUGUUUCUGCUGGUGGCCAUCUCUUCCCGUCCUUCUCGGCUCCCUCUUGUUCUCGUAUCGAGGAGGGCUCGAUGUGUUUGAAAUUUUCUUGGUCUGGAUUCAGAGUGAAAUACUUUGGAUUUAUGUAUUUCUUCUUCUUUCUCUUCUUGAGAGGAGCCCUCACUUGACAGAGUACACUUUUGAAGAACUUACGAAACCUUUUUUUUCUUUUUUCUUUUUUUUUCUUUUUUUCUUUUUUUAGUUUCGAUCUGUUAAGCGAAGAUAAUAGAUGCCGGGUCCUAAGUCGUUAUGGAAGAUAAGAUGAUGAUGCGAGCUAGUCGGAAGAACAAUCCGAGAGAUGUUGUCUUCCCAAAAUCUAAAUUUUUCCAAUCGAAACCAGUGAGAAGAAAAAUUCGCGUGCUAUUCACUGAUCCCGAUGCUACAGACUCCUCCUCCAGCGAAGAAGAUGGAGAGAUGAUGACGAUGGGAUUCGUACCGAAGAAGAAAACGAAGCGUAUAAUACAUGAUAUCGUCAUCACCUCCUUUCCCUCAACCACUUCGUUGACCCCUGUUUCUAAAAUCCCCAAAACCCCGAAAGCCCAUAAGACUAAAACCCUCAGAUCCAUCAACUCUUCUUGCACUCCUACUCGCAGGUAUAAGGGAGUGAGACAACGACGGUGGGGGAAAUGGGCAGCGGAGAUUAGAGAUCCCAUCCGAGGUGUCAGGUUGUGGCUCGGCACCUACGACACCGCCGAGGAGGCGUCCGACGCCUACCAGGCCGCCUCGAGGCGUCUCCAGGAGGAGAAGCAGCGGCUCCUUCGCCCUUCCAUCUCCUCCACCUCCCCCGUCUCUGAGAAUUCCGAGGGCCCCCUUUCCGCCCCCUCCCCUUCCUCCGUUCUCGAUGUCGCCCUCUCCGGGAGUAAUUUGGCGACUGCGAAGAAUUCUCAUUCUCCGAGAGCGGUCGAAGAGGUAGCGCCGGGCACCAAUAACUCUUCGGUGGCGAAAGAGGCCGCAGUGGAGGAGAAGCCGGUUUGCGAGCUUUUUGAUGAGCAGCAGCUUGAGAUUCCGCACCUGGACUUUGGGCUUGAUUCUGAUGCUUUCCUUGUGGGCGAACUCGGCGAGGACUUGCUGGGACUGGACGACCUUCCAUUGUGGACGCAGCCGUUGGAUGGAGGAGAUUUCUCCUUCUUGGAUGCAUAGUUUUUCUGGGUAAAAAAAAUUUUGCACUUAUUCGUCUAUCACAAAAUUUUCAUCCCCCGCAGUCUCAUAGUAUAUGUUGUCGAAUCGGUUGCUGGUAUUGGGUUCUGUAGCGUUUUCCUAAGAAAAUAAAUUCUACGAUGCUUUGUGUAUUGGCUGUAUGAGAAUUGGUUAGGGAGAGGUUUUCUUUGGGUUUUCCUUGAGCUUUGGGAGCCGUCCCAAGGAGUUUUGUGUGAUCUCUCACCUUGAUCAUGUUGUGUUCGGACUUCUAUCCUCUGGUUAUUUAUCAUUUAUGGUCUCUGUUAGUUCUAUUUAA